GUGGAGCGUUUCAAUAAAUAAAGUGCAUUUUUAAACAGUUAUAAAGAAAAAAAUAUUAAAAAUAAAGAUAAGCAAGAAAUAAAAAAACUUUUGUAAUUAAUUACAUAUAUAUAAAAAAUAAGGCAAAUUAAUAUUAAAUAAAUAAAUAAAAGUGAAAAACAUCAACAUUGUGUAAAUAAGAAAUAGCACACGUUAAUUGUUGACUCAUUUAAUGAGCUUUGUCUACUUUUUGUCUUCCCCCCCCCUUUUGUUGUGAAUGUGUAUGUAUAGAAAGGGGAAGAACCAUAUUUUUCUUGGUAUAUUUUAACGAAGAUAAGCACAAUCGCAGCGCACAAAUUAUAGCAAUUGGAAAUUUUUAGAAGAAACACACUCUCAUUACAUUUUUGCUGGUUGAUUUGUAAAGUAAUUACGCAGCAGCAAGUUAUAAAUAAAUCUUAAUAAAAUAAAAGUAUUUUUUUCUUAAAUAUUGCAAAUUGCAAUUAAUAAAAGAAGAGAGAUUAUCAAAAGAGAGAGAAAGAGCAACACUUCGAAGUAUUCACAUGUCAAAGUACUCUUGAAAAACAUUUCACAAAAAAAAAAACAACAAACAUGGAAAAUAUGAUGCCAUAUGUAAAUGUUGCAAACGAAAAGGAUUUUCUCAAUAUGGAUACACUGGAACGUAUACGAAGUGUCAGCGAAUCUUCAAUGGGUGGCACCAGUGGCUAUAAUAGCACAACAUCUCCAGGACCUGAAAAUUCUCCAAACUCAAGUCGUUAUUCACCGGUACAAUCGCCAGAUUCCAUAUUACAAAAUGAAUUUUCCCAAUUAGUUAUACCACCAAUAUCUUAUCAACAAACACAACAAAAUUCUUCACAAUAUGUACAAUUGCAAAAUGUACAAAUGAAUUUAAAUAGCAGCCACAACAACAACAACCAGCAAGCUAUUUUAUAUCAACAACCACAAACACACAAUCAAAAUAUGAAUUUUUCACAUUUAAAUUUUGGAAAUCCUAUAAAUUUUCAACAGCAGCAACAAUUUCAACAACCAAUGGCCGCAGCAACAUCAAUGUCCUAUACGGAUGUUAAAUAUGAAUACGAAGCUACUUUACGAAUUACUGAACAACCGGUGGAGAAGUUUCGUUUUCGUUACAAGUCCGAAAUGCAUGGUACACAUGGCUCUCUAAAUGGUACCAAUUCACAAAGAAAUACAAAAACUUUUCCCGAAGUCGAACUAUGCGGCUAUAAGGGACCAGCCAUCAUACGCUGUAGUUUAUUUCAGACUAAUCGCGAGAGUCCACAUUCACAUCAGUUGGUUGUGCGCAAGGAUGAUCACGAUAUCUGUGACCCACACGAACUAAAAGUUUCCGAAGAAGUUGGUUACUUUGCAGAAUUCAAAAAUAUGGGCAUUAUACAUACAGCCAAGAAAUUCAUUGUUGAGGAAUUAUUAAAAAAGAAACGUAAACGUUUAGGUCGUGAAGUUUUGACAACAAAGGAAGAUCAAGAGUUGUAUAAGCAAACAGAAAAAGAAGCCAAGGAUAUGAAUUUGAAUCAGGUACGUCUAUGUUUCGAAGCAUUUCGUAUUGAAGACAACAAAUCUUACACACCCAUUGCCGCUCCCGUCUAUUCAAAUCCCAUUAACAAUCGUAAAUCAGCACAAACGGGAGAAUUGCGUAUUACACGCCUGAGUAUUGCAACCGGUAAUGUUGCAGGAGGCGAUGAUUUGAUAUUAUUAGUGGAAAAAGUAAGCAAAAAGAAUAUAAAAGUACGAUUCUAUGAAAUGGUCGACGAUGAACAGGUAUGGGAGGCGUUUGCUACUUUUCGCGAAUCCGAUGUUCAUCAUCAAUAUGCAAUCGUUUGCCGAACACCAGCCUAUAAAGAUAAGGAUAUCGAUAAAGCAGUUGAGGUAUUUAUAGAGUUAGUAAGACCGUCAGAUGAUGAACGUAGUUAUCCGCCUGUAUCAUUUCGUUAUAAGCCCAGUGCUGCAGUAAUAUCACGUAAACGUAGGCGUACAUGUUCAUCUUUUAAUAGCGGCUCCUGCAGCAAUUCGGGUUCGUUAAGUUCAGGCGAAUUACCUAAAACUAUACAAGAAACACAGAAAAUUUUAAAUAAAUCGGAUGAACUUAAGGAAUUAUUAAAUUCAGGAUAUAUUAAGUCAGAUGUAUCAUUAGAUUCAGGCUUAUUGGCAUAUUUAGAUGAUCCAAAUAUAAAAGAUUUGGAUUCAGUGCUAAAUAAUAUGGAAAGUGGCGCAGGACGUAUCGAAAGAGAUGGUGUAUGCACUACAAAUGAAGCUAAAAACCACUAUCACUAUAAGAAAUCUAUGAUUAGCAAAAAACAAAUGGAUUUAGCCAAACAGCAAAGUGUUCAACAUCAACAGCCACUUAAUUUAUACUUGCAACGUAUUUUAACCAUAUUUCAGGAUACCAUUAGAUCUUCGACGCCAGCCAAUACUACUAAACGAGAUAGUGCCGCCGAACAAAUUACCAAAAUCAUUAAUGAACAUUCAGAAAAAUAUGGUGAAUCUCUGAUACACGAAAUCGUACUGGCGGACAAUAAUAAAUAUGCCAUACCAAUAUUUAAAGUUUUAGAUUAUUUCAAUUUAAAUGAACUUUUAAAUACUCUCCUGAAUAAACGAACACAGACGGCAUUACACUAUGCCUGCCUCUAUGGUCAGCCCACAUAUAUAAGACCUCUUUUGAAAUUGGGCUGUAAUCCCAAUAUACAAGAUUCCGAAGGUAAUACCGCUCUUCAUAUAGCAGUACAUGAGAAACACUUGAAAUGUUUGGAAAGUUUUAUUAAUUCGGAAAUGCCUUUGAAUCUGAAUCACCUAAACGAUGAUGGUUUUACACCUCUACACUUGGCCAUACGUGAUAAUAAUUACGAUAUUGUGGCCAAACUAUUAAAGUUUGAUGCCAGCACUGUGGCAACGCCUUGCAGUAAAGAUGGCAGUAAUGCCUUACACAUGGCUGUGCAACAACAGAAUCUAAAAUUGGUUAAUUUAAUCUUGGACAAUAGCCCCUUAAUAGCUACUCUUUUAUAUGCCAAUAAUAGGGCCGGUCAUACGCCUUUGGAUUUGGCCAAACAACUAGUAACGGCUGAUGAACAAGGAAAACAGAUAUUAAGUCUACUAAUGACAUUUUACAAUAAAUAUCCUUCCCAGGAUAAAGCAGAAAAAAUGGAUAUUAACACAUUUAAUGAUGAUGAGGAUGGAGAACAUAAGCUGGUUAUAAAAGAAGAAGAGAAUUCAUGUUCAUCUACCGAAGAUGAUGAAGAGGAUAACAGCAGUAAUUUAAGUGCAACGGAAGCUAAAACAAUAUCCCUGACGCCAACACAAAACAAACUAAUAAAACCAGUCGAAAUUAAACAAGAAAUAGUCGAUGAUAAUAUUACAAUUACAACUGCCCCUACAACAAUACUCACUGUAGGGGAUCUAGAGUUGGCUUUAAAUAAUAAAGACAUUUUCUCUAAACUCAGUGCUAAACUAAAUGAGAAUGAAAAUUGGAAAAAAAUGGCCACAGCAAUGGAAAUGACACAUUUUUAUUUAACAAAUGCUCCAGCGUUUCUUAAUUACUUAAAACGUAAUAUAAAAACAGUAAAUUGUACACAAUUUACAGCAGAAUUAGAAAAAAUUGACAAAAGUUUAAUAAAUUUAUUAUUAAAUAAUUAAUAUUAAACAUUAAAAUUUUAUAUUAUUAAUAAUUUAAGUUUAUUAAAAGUAUGUUUGAUUAUGCAUUUCAUUUAACAAUAGUUAACAGCAUCAUGUAUAUUUCUCUUAAUUUAAGUUGUAAAUUUUUUCAUUUAAAAAAAUUUGUUAAAAUCUAUAUUUUUUUUAAUUCGAAUCAUAGGAGAUUUUGUUAACUAAUAAAAUCUCUUAAAAAUUAUACAUAUAUACAUAUUUUAUUAUAUUAUACUUAUUCUAAAUCUACAUACCUAUAUCUUUUGGAAUAAAAUAAUUAUCGUAAAAACUUUAAA